AUGGAUCGUUUGUUGCAUUACAUGAAGGCUCGGGAGGACAUGGUUACUUGCGAGAGCCACUUUGUGAUUCUAGGAGAAUUAGCAAAUUUUGUAGCAUACAUGUAUGCUCCUGCUGUUCUUGUAACGCCCCUUGGAGCAUUAAGUAUAAUUGUAAGUGCUGUUCUCGCUCAUUUUCUGUUAAAGGAAAAAUUGCGGAAAAUGGGAGUAUUGGGGUGUGUUUUAUGUGUAGUGGGUGCUACAGUGAUCGUGCUUCAUGCACCUGGUGAACAUAGUAUAAAUUCAGUUGAUGAAAUCUGGGACUUGGCGAUACAACCAGCUUUCCUUUUGUACACAGCCUCAGCAAUAGCUGUAGUUUUGGUGCUGGUGUUGUAUUGUGGUCCGCGCUAUGGACAAACAAACAUUAUGGUUUAUAUUGGCAUAUGCUCAAUUAUUGGGUCUUUAACGAUUAAGGGCAGUUCAUCAGAGCUGCAGAUGGCCAUAAUCUUGGUGGUAAGUGUUCUUAUUCUGCAUGCUAUGAUUGAGAAAGGGAAGGGUCUGGUUCGUCUCAUAAGAAGGUAG